AUGGCCUCACGAUUCCCUCGCCAGCGCGAUCCCCGCGCAUCCUCCUCCCUCUUCGACUCAUACGGCGGUGGCGACUCCCGUCCCGCGAGCAGAUCACCUGCUCCAAGCGGAUAUGGUUACGGAGGCUAUCCCAGUCCCGCAGGAGACGGGUACACGAAUGGCAGUGCUUCCGCUGGGCCAUAUAGAAAUGCCACGCCUGAUAAGAAGGGCCACUACUCCGAUGCCGUCCUCUCAUCACUUGAAUCGCAGAAUGAUGCCGAGGUGGAGGGUAUCUCGGCCAAGGUUAAGAUGCUGAAGGAUAUCACACUCGCCAUCGGCGACGAAAUCCGCGACACUGCCCACCUCACAGACCUCGAGGGCUCCUUCGAUAGUACGCGUGUACGAAUCCGGGGAAACAUGACCCGCAUGCUGCGCAUGGCCGAGAGCACCGGCGUCGGCUGGCGGGUGUGGCUGGGUUUCUUCUGCGCUGUGUUUCUGCUGUUCUUCUAUGUGUGGAUCAGCUGA